UUCGGUUAUCAGGAAGUGUCUGCUGGAGACGCCGGGUUUGCUUCCAGUUAGAAACAGGCGGUGGUUGUUGUUGGUGGUUCCGGUGGCUGUUGGACUGAUCUGGGCGUGGUGGCAUCAUGGAGCACAUCCGCACCACGAAGGUUGAACAGGUAAAAUUACUAGACCGAUUCAGUACAAACAUCAAGUCACAAAUGGGAACUCUUUACCUUACAGCAACUCACUUGUUAUUUAUAGAUUCCAGCGAGAAAGAGACAUGGAUAUUACACCAUCAUAUUGCUGCAGUGGAGAAACUUGCUUUGACUACUUCUGGCUGCCCCUUAGUAAUUCAGUGCAAGAACUUCAGAAUAGUUCACUUCAUUGUUCCUAGAGAAAGAGACUGCCAUGAUAUUUAUAAUUCUUUGCUUCAGCUGUCAAAACCAGCAAGAUACGAUGAAUUAUAUGCCUUUUCAUAUAAUCCAAAACAAAACGAGGAAGAGAGGGUGCGAGGCUGGCAAAUCAUUGACCUCACAGAAGAAUACAAUCGGAUGGGUGUGCCUAACUCUGAAUGGCAAUUAUCAGAUGCAAACCACGAUUAUAAGAUUUGCGAGACAUAUCCUAGAGACCUUUAUGUUCCCAGGAGUGCAAGCAAGCCCAUAAUUGUUGGCAGUUCUAAAUUCCGAAGCAAAGGAAGGUUCCCUGUGCUCUCAUAUUAUCAUAAAGAUAAUGAGGCCACCAUUUGCAGAUGUAGUCAGCCUCUCUCAGGAUUCAGUGCCAGAUGUCUGGAGGAUGAACACAUGUUGCAAGCAAUAAGUAAAGCUAAUCCCACUAACCACUAUAUGUAUGUCAUGGACACCAGACCAAAGCUGAAUGCAAUGGCCAAUAGAGCAGCAGGUAAAGGGUAUGAAAAUGAAGAUAAUUAUUCCAACAUUAGAUUCCAAUUUGUUGGCAUUGAAAACAUCCAUGUAAUGAGAUCAAGCCUGCAAAAGCUUCUGGAAGUUUGUGGAACAAGAGGCUUAUCAGUCAAUGAUUUUCUGUCUGGCUUGGAGAGCUCUGGAUGGCUGCGACACAUCAAAGCAGUGUUGGAUGCUGCUAUCUUCUUAGCUAAAGCCAUAGCUUUUGAGAGUGCAAGUGUAUUGGUACAUUGCUCUGAUGGCUGGGACCGGACAUCUCAGGUCUGUUCCUUGGGUUCUCUGUUAUUGGAUCCUUUUUAUAGAACAAUUCAAGGAUUCAUGGUUUUGGUGGAAAAAGACUGGAUUGCUUUUGGACACAAAUUUUCAGAUAGAUGUGGACAACUGGAUGGUGACCCAAAGGAAAUAUCCCCAGUGUUUGCCCAAUUUUUAGAAUGCGUCUGGCACCUGACAGAGCAGUUUCCACAGGCCUUUGAGUACAAUGAAGCUUUUCUCCUUCAGAUCCAUGAGCACAUCCAUUCAUGCCAGUUUGGAAACUUCAUUGGAAACUGCCAAAAAGAACGAGAAGAACUCAAAUUGAAACAGAAGACUUUUUCCUUGUGGCCUUUUCUUUUGGAUGACCACAGGAAAUACCUAAAUCCAAUCUACAAUGAACAUUUUUCACAGUCACUUACAGUUCUGGAGCCAGAUACAGCCGCCUUUAAUCUUAAGUUUUGGAGAAACAUGUAUCAUCAGUUUGAUCACACAAUGCAUCCACGGCAAUCUGUACUCAGCCAUGUGAUGAGCAUGAGUGAGCAAAAUAAACAACUGGAGAAAGAUAUUAAAGAACUGGAAAAUAAAUUGGGCCACCAUUUACACAAGGAUUUGGAUGCAGUCUUUGGGAAGGAACCAUUGCAGUCUGUCUGUCCCUCAUCGCUCUGCUUAAAGAAGGAGCAGCCUCUUUUACAUGAGAAUGACUGUAUUCGGACAAUAGAGGGCUCCAACACAGCAGACAAUCGAUACAGCGAGUACAUGGAAGAGUUCUCCAAAACAGAGCCUAGUGUUGUCAGCCUGGAAUACGGAGUGGCAAAAAUGACCUGUUAAAUGUCACACAAAGCAGUUCUGCUUUUCUGAAAAGAUUGAAGUUCAAGACAGGGCAUUUGUGAGUCUGAUCUCUUGGAAUGUAACCAAAAACUAAUGUGUGCAAUGGAAAGCUUCAUUAAUGUAGACUAGAGUGCAUAUUUAGUUUUGAAAAUGUCACUCUUGUAAGAGGUAAUUGAAUUUAACAAUGUUGAAAAGGAUAUGAAAAACUUAAGAAAUCUUUUGUGGGGAAUUGGGAAAUGAAGUUGAAUGCCAUAAUAAAUUGCAGCUACACUAGCUCAUUCCAAAUGUUCACCAGUUUUGGUCCCGAUGGAGUCAUAGUCAAAGUAAACCCAUUGAAAUUAGUGAGAUUUAAACAAGCCAAGAUUUCAGUGAAUCGACUAACAUAUGACUACUUCUAAUUCACCCAGUGUGAUUAUUGCCAAAUAGUAAAUGAUAUUUGACUGUUUGCUUUUAGGAUACAGACAAUUUACUGGGAUCAGUGAACAUCUGUAUAUAAAUGUAAAGUGUGUAUGUGUUCCUGUUUAAUCUAUUGACUGUUACAGUAUUUUCAGUGAAAUCUACAUCAUUAAUUAGUAUCAAGGUAUUAAGAACGAUAUUCAUAUAUAUUGGUUCUGCUUAUGUUUUGAGAGCAGCUCAUUUAGAAUAUCUAAAAUAUGCUUAAUGACUUCUUUAAAUUAUUCUCUUUCAAAACAGUACCAUGAGAUUCACAUCAGUAAUUAUGGAAUAUAAAUUUCUUGUAUUCAGUUUUAACUCAUUAUAAAAGUAAGAAAUCUCUCUCUCUCUCUCUCACUCUCUUUACUUUAUGAUGAAGCUCUAGUUAUAAAGAAAAGGGGAAAAGAAGGUUUCUUAACCUGGUUAAUGAGUUAAAAUUGCAUCCCUAAAACUGUGUAUCUUCCAUAUACUUCUGUCCAACUAUUGGAGGUACAGUUUAGGUAAACUAGGAGUACCACAUGUAUUUCAAGGAUUGGAGUACCCAAUUCCAAGAAUAGGCUGUAUUUCAGAGAGGUCAUAUUUUUAGGCUUCUUGCAAUUAUGUAUGAAAUAACUUGAGCAUCCAAUGAAAUAGAAAGUAUAGGACCAUACCUUGUUUUUGAUUGGAUAUAUUUGCGGUUUCCUGCAGGAUUUUAAUCUGUUUUGUAAAUCUGCUUUAAAAGGUGCAGCUUAAUUUGAAAUAAAAAGCUUGUUAUUCAAUCAGUAGUAUUACCACAUUAAUGUAUUAGUUGAAUAAACGUGAAUUACUAAUCAAGUAGCCACUCUUGGGUAAAGGCUAAGAACAAACUAACAUUUAGGUUUACAAGUCAAAAUGACCGCAGAAUCUUUGAUGUUUUGAAAAUAUAUUAAUGUUCACAUUUACUAUCCAGGACAGUAUCCAAAGUCACAGGAAACAGAUCUCCAGUUUAAGCAGAAUACUUAGGUAAAAGGUAUGCUGUGUAUUUGUGUAGGUGAGUCAGUGUUUUUCCCAAUAUCUUUGUUUUUACUUCACCAGAAAAAAGAAUGGAUUUGCUUUAGUGGGACCCUGUCUCUGUUUGCUUUCUCCCAAUUUGUUUUUAUUGUUCAAAUGAAGAAAAGGAAAUGAGUAUUGAAAGCUGAGAUGGUAAACAUGCAUGCCUUGGGGAUAUCAAACAUCCCAGGUGGUAUAGUAGGUAAUUUGUACCUGAGGGACCAAAUGCUUAUUACACAGACAGUGAAAAUUAGUUUAGCUUUGCAGUAAUCACUGAAGGCUGUGUGAACAGUACCGCCAUCAGGCUACUUAAUUGGGAUUCAGUCACAACAAUUGGGAUUCAGUCACAUAACAGGUGAGAAAAAUCUUACCUGGAACACUUCAAGGGUCACAUUAUAAUGUAUGAAGAAGGAAUGUGGCAAAAAUUGUGCUUUUUGAUAUUGUUGAUGAUGGACCUAUUUAACUACAAAAAAUGGUUAAAAGAGAAAAAAGGGAUCUAUCAUUUACCCAAGAAAUGGUGUAUUGUCAUGUAUUUUGCCUGUUUAGGCAUUGUGCAGAUUUUGCACAGUAAUUUUGAAAAAUAUUAGGGCAGAGAAAUAUGGACCUCUAGUUUUUUCCUACAGAUUAAUAAUUGCUUGUUACCAGAUAUAUUGAAAGUAUAAGACCAUUGUAUUACAAAUUAUUUCUUGCAAUUGUCUUCUGAUUAAAAAAAUACCUAUGUAUAGCUGCAUUAAUCUUGCUGAACUGUUAUAAAAGUAGCUUCUUGAAUCAGUUUCAAUAGUAGAAAUGCAAGUCUUUGGAUUAUCUGCCUCUACAGGUAUUUAUUUUAUAUUCCACUUUUCUAUCAGGAGCUGAAGAUGGUAAGCUUAGUGCUCUCUAUUUUCUCCACAACAACAAAAUAGGUUGGGUUGAGAAAGAGUGACAACCAAAAUCACCCAGUGACCUUUGAUAGAUGAGGAUUAGAAUUACCCAAAUCUACAUUCUGUGUCUCUGUCUCUGUCUCUGUCUCUCUCUCUCUCUCAUACACACACACACACACACACACACACACACACACACACACACACCACUGUUAGUACUACUACUACUACCACUACUACUGCUGAGGAUAUAGAAUGCAACAGAAAUCUUGGAAGGAAUCAGAACAGCAAAUGUAGGUCACAAAACAGCAUACGCUAGGAUACUUGAGAGACACAUUAUAACAGAAUGCUUGUCCUCCUGAGGGUUCUUAAUGAAUGUAAAUGUGGAAUGACUGAUCUAACAAAAGGUAUAACUUAUACAUUUGAUCUUGUUCAGCGCUGGAUGACUGGAACGUAGCUAUGUGACAGUUUUUAAAAAGAGAACCAGGAAAUUAUAGGCUGCUCAGCGGCAUGUUUGUUCUUGACAAAUUAUAGAAAUGAUUAUUAAACAAUGACUAACUCAUCCCACAGCUUUACUGAGAGAAAAUCAGUAUAGAUGGCAGUAAUUACAUCAAUUGUGUGCUUGGAUUUUCACAAGUCUAACAAGGUUCCCUAGCUAAAACUCUAAAGAAGAGUUAGUGGCAGGCUGCUAAUUGGCUAAAAAGGAGAAAAUGGAGAGUGGAAAUAAAUAUUGUUCAUGGAUGUAAGAAUCUGAUCUGUAUUGAAACAAAUGCUUUUUAACUUAUUCAUAAAUGAUCUUGACUUAUACUAAGUAGUAAAUAUGUCAAAUAUGGAUAACUUUGUUUAUGAUGGUGGUGAAUAAAAAAUCUGUUUAAAUUGGA